UAUAAAAACAAAACGAUAUUCGCAAUUAAGAUCGAUAUUUUUAAUUUCUCACUUAUCUCUAAUGUCAUUAGUUAUGUAACUGACAAGUAAUUUUUGCAUAUAGGCUAAUUGCACAGAAUUAAUGUAUAACGUGUCAAGUUUUCUUUUAUCUAGUUUUACACAUGAAGAAAAGCUACCGUAAUUCUCUUUCAACAUUCUAAUUUAAAAUAAGUUAUACAGAGGUGGACAUAAAAAUGUAAGUAUCAUAAUUCUUGAAUUUGAAUAGUGUAAUGUAUGAUAUAACCAAUGAAAUAAUAUAACAAAUAGAACAUUAGAUACACCUAAAGAGAUAUUACAGAUUGGUGUUAAACCAUUUGGAGUUAAACAUUGUGAUAUGCAGAAUGUUAACUUGAAUAAAUGUUCGACUAAUGUGGAAAACAAAGUUUCUCAUGACCCUGCGGGAUACAUAGUCAAUCAUGAAACUUUACAACAAGUAACAAAAUUGACUGAAGUUGUAGCAAAUUUAAAAGAUGCUGUGCAAAUUAAAGAAGUACAAUUAGAAAAUACUCAUCGAGAGAAAAGUAGAUUACUAGCAGAACUGAAAAAACAACAAAGAUGCAACAGAAAUCUUAAACAACAGUUAGAUGGCGAGAGAUUUUUCUAUCAAAGAGAGAAAGAUCAUUUCAUCGAAGAAAUGCAACGAUACAGAAGCAGAUAUACCGGCAACAUGUCGAAGUUUCAGCAACAACGGCAUAAGGAGAUCGAACAAGCACUAGAUACUUUAGAAAGAGAAAACAAACAGCUCAGAGCAGAAUUAUCAGACAAAAACGAAGUUACGUAUAAUCUAUGUAUAAAGUUUCUUCGUAUGAAGCAUGCUAAAGAUACAUUGAGAUAUAAGUUGGAUCAGUUGUUGCACGAGCAUUUGUUAGUAAUGGCGGAAAUGAUGGAGAAGCUGGACGAGACGAGAAAGGAACUUAAUUUCAUUGUGUCCGAAAAAUUUCAAGAACCAUUGCCUCUUAGUAAAGCUAAAUUUUUACAAGUUGUACAAAGGAAUAAUAGAUUGAUGUAUGAAAAUGCAACGUUAAAAGUACAAAUACAUCAACUUACGCAGAAUAUCGAGAAAUUGAAAAGCCAAAAGCCAAAAAAGAUUAAUGUAGACGCUAAGAUCAUUGAGAAAUUAGCAACGCAAAGUAAUACAAGAUCAACUUUAGAUAAAGUAGAAAAAAUCGCUUUGCUUUCUAAAUUGUCUCAAUUUAUUGAACAACCUGAAGCUGUGGAAAUGGACUCGCGAGUGCAUUCUGAGAAUGCAAAUGAUCGCACAUUUAAUAAUGCAAAAGAUGUCGGAAGCGAUUGUAAAGAAUUUCACACAGAAUGCGCUCGAAGCGCACCUGAGAUUGUGGAAACGUCCGUUAUUUCUCGAAUAGACUAGACUAUCUCUAUAGAUGAAUUCUAGAAUAAAUGAUUUUUCGAAAUACACAACAUGUAUACGUGUAUAAAUAUAUUUAUGAUUUUAUUUUAUGAUUUUAAUAAUUUAUUUAUUUUAAUAAUUUUGAUUUAUUUAAUUUUAAUUUAUUUAUUAAUUUUAUGAUUUAAAUAUACUUAUGAUUUUAUACUUAUGAUUUUAAUCUGUUAAAAUAAUGCGAGGAAUACAGAACAAUAAAGAAAUCGUUUUUAUUUG